UGUUUGUGGAGGGAGAAGUGGCUGUUUCUGCCUUUUGUGGAGGGGUUUUUAGUAGGGGUUGUCGCCCAGGUGGGCCCCCCCUCGGCCUUCUACCUCCCAAUUCCCCCCUCCAUCCCCCAACUGUGAUCCUUAAUGGGUUUCUGAGGAGGCGAAGUUGGUGCUGGUCAGGGAACUCACCUCAGGAAGGUGACGGCUUUGUGGGCUUGUAUAGACCGACAGAAACUGCUGUUCUGUGUUUUAACUUAAUUUCUAGGGGGGGAGGGCGUGGAAUGAGGGAGGCUGUAAACUUUUGUGCGAUGUUUAGUAGAGAAACGGGAAAUAAAAGGACUUCGGAAGUUACCCGUUAACUUCAGGAGGAAGCAGCUCCUCACACAGAGGCUGAAAUCGGCCCCCUUUGCUCUUCAUGUUGCUCGUGAGACUGAAGCCUUUUAGACUCUUUCCCCUGUUUUUCCUCCAUUAGUUAUACUUUCAGAGCCUUCUAGGGUGAUGUGCUGCUUGUUUCCCAGCUUCCCUGUUGGGGUUUUGGGUGCGUUGCUGAAAGCUUUGCAGUUUGGUUGCAGGAGCUAGAAGAAAAGAGAUGCUUCAUGAAUGAACGAGUCACCAUGACAACAUAAGUAAAAUGUUGCAUUUCCUCCCUGCUUUUUAGCAAGCAUUCUUAAAUCUCCUCCUGGGUAAGAGUGAUUUUGACCUGGCCAAAGUGUUCUCAGCAUUGGGAAGUACCUUUUGUAAAGUACUGGUUAGGGUGGUGUGGUGCUGAAAUGGGUUACCCAGAGUAGUUAUGGAUGCCCCAUCCUUGGAGUCAUGUUGGAUGGGCCCUGAGUUAGUGAUUAGCAGCCCUGCCCAUGGCAGGGCAUUGGAUCCAAAAGAUCUUUCAGGUUCUCUCCAACCUAAGCCAUGCUGCGUUCUGGGAUUCAAGGGCUGUAACACAGUGAGUUAAUAAUUGUCCUGCAUCUUUGUGCUGUCUCUGAGUCGUGGCCUACUGCUCUGAAACACAACCCAAAGGUUGGCAAGGUUCUCAUUCAGAGAGGGAUUGGGAAUAACACACUACUUCUAUGCAUUGGCGUUAACUGGUUACAGUUUCUCUGUGAUCAGAUGGAUAAACCUAAUGACAGAAGAAGAAAACUUCCAAAGACCUGCGUGAAUGCAGCAUUUGUGCCAGAUUGUAGCAAAGUCUCAGCCUUGAGGUCCCUCUUUAACCCGCAGGCCAUCAUUCUGGUGCACUGGCUGCUCACAGUGUGGGGAUGCAUGAAUAACUCGUUUCCAGCCUCCUAUGCUUGGGGGAAUUUCAGUGUCCUUGCAGUGGGGAUCUGGGCCAUUGUGCAGCGAGAUUCCCUUGAUGCCAUCGUGAUGUUCCUGUCCGGCCUGCUGUUCACAGUCCUCACAGACAUCAUUCACAUCUCCGUCUACUACCCUUUACAUGCUUAUCUCAUCGAUGCGAAGCGUUUCAGUAUGGGCAUGGCCAUCUUCAGCCUCCUCCUGAAACCCGGAUCCUGCUACUUUGUGUAUCGAAUGUACCGGGAGCGUGGAGGAGAAUACAUCUUCAACAUAGACCUGGAGUCCUCGUCUGACAGCCGUUUUGCCUACAAUGGUCUCAACCGUGCAGGCCGGGACCGCAGCGCCUAUGAGACAAUUGAUCAGCAGGAUGCCUCUCCACUGUGGCCUGACUCAAGCAAGACAGCUCAGCAACCAUAUUGAGGCCCCUGUCUGCAGCAGAAUGGACACCUCCCUCCCCCAGUCCAGCCUUACACUCCUCCCGUGUCUAUUCUGAUGAAACAAGACCUUCUACUGAGCAAACAGAAGAGGAUCUGAUUUGACUUUUUCCUUCCUGAAGAUUAGACAGAGGGGUUCUUGGAGUGAGUCCGGAAGAUCUCAAGUGACUUUAAGCACUGUUUAAGCUGUUUAAGUGCUGUUUAAGCUGUUUGUAAUUUCAACACACUGCUUUCCUCUCUCCCCUUGAAUCCCUCCUAUGUAUGUGCAAGUGGAUGCACCUUCUGCAUUCUACUAAGUCUUGUAUUGUGCAUCCUCUCUAUUCUAAGUAAGGGAGAUGCACAGGAUGUUCCUGGGCAAGCUAUCUUUAACAAGCUUAAGGACUGCCCCUAAAACAACAGUUCAACCCGUUUUGUUGUUGAUAUGUUUCCAGGAAACAUCUGGGACUUCUUCAGGGCUGUUUUUGAUGGUGUUUUAUAAUUAAGAUUUAUGACCAUAACUCCCUGUGCUAGCUGUGGUGGUUUACGUGCAGUUGGGGUUGGUAUCAAGUGCUCCUACUGGGCCAGGGAGCAUUCACUGAUGCUUUUAUGGAAGUAAAAUGUUCUUCAGGAUACUUAA